UUUGUUUAUACAAAAUACCUUAAGUGCUUUUAUAACAGUGCUAGGUUUUGAAAUUCUGGGAAGAGCUUAAAAUAGAAGCAUGCAUUUUAGGUUAAGCCGUGUCUAAAAUAUUGGUAGUAAAGGGGAUAUUUAGGUGGAAGGACUGCGAUUUUGCAGUACAAAAGCACAAGAAGCCAUUGAACUGCAUUGGAGAAUACUAACAAAUUUAGUGGUAUAAAUAGCAGUUGCAGCUGAAAGCAAUCAGCACAGACUAAGGAUGUUUUGCAAGGAAAACAGUGCAGUUCAUGGCCUCCGGCUCCGGCUGCGGCUCCUGCCGCUGCUAAUCGCUGUUAUCCCGGGUGCUCUGCUGGUGGUCAUGGCCAGUGGUCACCAGCUGCCCCCCGGCAGCCACAAACUUUGUGGUCCCGCCCUGUCCGAUGCCAUGGAUGUGGUGUGCGCCCACGGCUACAAUUCGUUGUCCCAGAAGCGCGCAAUUCAGCCGCCAGUGUCCAAUGAGUUGAAGAAUGGGUGGUGGCAGGCGCUGGCAGAAGCAGAUGCUGGUGCUGAUGCUGGCUACUCCUUCAGUCCCCUGCUGACCAACUUGUAUGGGGCUGAAGUCCUGAUCAAGACGCGUCGCCACAGGAGACACCUGCCCAGUGGCGUUUACGAUGAGUGCUGCGUGAAAUCCUGCUCCUACGAGGAGCUGGCUGCCUACUGCCUGCCCAAAUAGGAGACUUAGCCCCAGCAUACAUACCCAUACCCAUACACAUACCCAUACCCAUACACAUACAAAUACACAUACACAUACACAACACAACACUCGUAAUCCGAUUCGUAAUUCGUAAUCACUUA